AUGGCAGAUGCAGCGGCCACGGAGAACCGGCCUCAGCUGAGGACCGCAGAGACAGAGACGGCCAUCCGGCUGGCCAUCGCCCUCUCAGAACGCAUUCGCGGCCAUGGCGAGAGGAUUGGCGAUACAAUCCUUGUACCAACAAGUCAGGGAACUCUACGGCCAUCCCAGCGCUGUGUCUUCAAUAAUAUGCGGUGGCUAUCCGACGAGGAGCAGCAGAAGAGGAGCCGGGCGGUCACGAGUAGUGGUCUCGAUUGGGUCCACCAGAGUAUUUCAAAUGAGGUUGCGCAAACGCUGCAGGUACAGGGCCUCAGCACACAGGUUGCGGCAGAGGCUUUGGCAACAGCCGAUGAAGGCGAGAAGGACCCUGAGUGGUUUGAGGCAGCUGGUCAGCAGGAGGCCCUCACUGCCCGCCUGCGUUCGCUGAUCCGGGACAUGCUGGACCAAGCUUCUGCCCAGGACCUUGGUCUUUUCAAAGCGCUGCUCCAGAAUGCAGAUGAUGCAACAGCAACGGAGAUCAAUUUCGUGUGGGACUGGCGAAGCUUUGGAGGGCAGUCCUUGAUGUCUCCAGAGAUGGCUCGGUGGCAAGGGCCGUGCCUCUGGGCUCACAACAACGCAAAGUUCUCGCCACAGGAACAGUGCCUUUGA